GAAACACUUUUAGGAGUGAAACAGCGGUUAACAUGGCCGGUGACCGCGCACACACCACCGCGCAUUACGCCUUCACGCCGUCCAAAGCCUCCUGCUGGUCGGAUGAAGCCGGAGAGAUGGAGGCAGCAGCCGGGAACUCUUCUGCAGGGCGUGGACCCCCUACACGGUGGUCCUCCAACUUUGAGAUGAUAGAAGGCUUGCUGUACCGCAAAAAGCUGGAAAAGGGUUUCAUCAACUACCGGGAGGUUCUGGAUGAGGACCGGAGACACGAGGCUCUCUCCACCUUCCACCGGAAGCGCCGGCCGAGCCAGCAUCACCUCUCCCUGGAGGAGACUUACAAAUGUGUGGCUGAGAACUACUGGUGGGAGGGGAUGUAUUUCCAGAUCAGAGAUUUUGUCUUGGCCUGUCAAGAGUGUCAGAGGCAGCAAACCAAAAACACUGAGGAGCAGGGUGGUAGAAGAUGUGUCACUAAGACGAUGUCAUCGCACGGCGCCGACAUGCUGAGCAAGCUGAGGAGUCAGCGGGAGGCGGGGCUCUUCUGUGACAUUACCCUGCGGACAAACGGGCGAUCCUACUCGGCCCACAGAGCCGUGCUGGCAGCCGUCAGCGAUCACUUCCAGGAAAUCUUCACAGACAUGGAUUCAGGCAUGAAAGCAGACAUAGAUCUCACCGGCUUCAGUGAGGACAGCCUUUUGUCUCUGCUGGACUUCUCCUACUCCUCGACUCUGUGCGUUCGCCAGGAGGACCUACCCGAGGUCAUCGCCAUGGCCCGCCACCUGGGCAUGUGGCCCGCCGUGGAGGCGUGCUCCGCUCUCAUGAAAGAGCGGGAACAGAAACCCCGACACGGCAAAGGAUUUCCCCUCGCCUGUCACCGCCAGCAGAGGGAAAACAAGAAGAGAGGGGUUCUGGGACUCGGGGACACUAUGGACAAAAGUUUCAGUCUGACUCUGGACGCGUCCGACGAGUCUUUCGAUGGAAGUCCGAGGCGGAAUUUACGACGGACGCCAAAACGCCAAAGCCCCAACGGUCUCCCUCUGAGUCCCACGCACAGGAUGAAGCUCAUGGACUUUAAAUCUCCCUCCUCCAAGAAAGCCACCACGCCCCGACACAACGCGUGCUCCCCGCAGUCUCACAACUACUCGCCCACCAAGUCGCCGUCGAACACCCGUCUGCUCCGCUCGACUCCCGGAGCCGCCGAGGAGGUUCAGCGGUUUCUCCCGAAGCCCGAGACGCCUCGACGGAACAAGAAACCACAUCCCAUCGGCCGGCUUUUGUGCCCCUCCUCCAGGACGAGGCAGGGCGCCGCACGCAGCCCCGUGAGGGUGAAGCAGGAGGUGGAGGAGGUCGCAGUGGACGAGGAGGAUUACGCGAGGGCGCAGGAGAAAUACAAGCUGAUGAACGUCCUCGGGUUACAGAGGACCGCCCUCUUGCCCAGACCCGAAGACCUGAUCGGCUGGAGGCAGAAGAAACGUCUGAGGAAGCUGAAGGCCAACAAUUACUCGCUCACAAAGAGGCGGAAACCUCGCUCCGCUUCACCGCCGGGACUGCCGUACGGGGACGUGACGCUGUCGCUUCCUCUCUGUAACCCGGUCAACACUCGCCUCCUCAGCAAGUCGGGGAAGCCCAAGCUAGCGGGUCUCACCGCCGAUCAGAUGACCGCGAAGAGGCCGAAGGUCGUCUCCCGACACGUCCCGCCCAGUGACAGGAGCAUGCGGAGUAAAGGUGUGAUACCUGACAUGUUUCUGCCUGCAGACAGGAGGCCGUGCGUUGGAGGGAGGGAGCUCAGACAGUCGGUGAGGAGGGGGGAAGGCGCCCACCCUCAGAAGCCUCCGCGACACAAAACCAACAAAACUCUGGUCAGGAUCAAGCAGGAGCCGGCCGACGACUUCUCCAUCUCAGGUUUUUCACUUCCAUCAAACGGGAGCUGUGGUGUCGCACCUAAAAAAUCCCCGACCUCACAGAGGACGCAGGCGAGAGUUAAAGUCCCUGCAGAGACGGUGAGAGUGCUGCGGUACAACAGCGGGCGACCGGCGGCUAAGGCUAAGCAAAGGCGGGGCUUCAUGAAGGUGGACGGUCCAGGACAGAGGGGGGUCGUGGACAACAGGCCGAGAACAAAGGUGGAUGAUGAACCUUGCGGUCUCCAGUUUACAGAGCAGGCCCCUCCCCCUUCCAUCUACAACCACCCUCUUUACAAAGUCAUCAAAGAGGAGCCGGCAGACCCCGUGCCGGUGGGCGUGCCUUUCUCCGAUCCUCCCUCACCAGACCUGGGCAAACGGCAGAGCAAGCCGCCCAUCAAGCUGCUGGACUCGGGCUUCCUGUUCAGCUUCUGUCGGCCGGCGGGGGGCGCCAUGGCCGCGCUGAAGAAAGAGGAGGAGAGCGUGGAUAUCUGCUUGACGCGGUCCGUGUCGCAAGUCAGGGAGAAAUUCGGAGCGACGCAGGAUUCUCCUCACAGGACGCUCAGAGCGAGAGCGCCCCCGACUCUGACUGUGGUGAAGAGAGAGAGGGAGGAGAGGAGUGUGAGUCAGAGCAAGGCGCAGAGACCGAGGAACAACGCUCAUCACACGGCUAAGGCGGUCCGCUCAAAGGCCAAACCCACCAAGCCAAAGCAACAAGCUCCGCCCCUCCCUCUGAGCAGCAGGAGCUACGUCAUGACGGAUGCUGUGAGUCGGGCCAGGCUAAAGCAGCUCCGCGGGCCUCGUAGUCAAGUCCCCAAACUCCCGAAGGCGGCCCACGCUUGUCUGCAGUGCCCGACUUCCUACAAGGACUGCGACGCUCUCAUCAUGCAUCGCCUCAGGCACAUCGAGGGGAAACACUGGCCGUGUCUGCUCUGCAGUAAGACGUUCUUUCGACUGAGAAAUGUAAGAAACCACAUCCGCACCCACGACCCCAAGUUGUACAAAUGCCGGAGCUGCAUCGUCUCCGGCUCCUGAGGCAGGCGGACGGUCCGCUCCGUCAGAGAGACUAAA